AUGUCAAUCGAUCUAGGGACGGAUUUUACAAAAGUUGCUGUUGUUAAGCCCGGUUUACCUAUGGAAAUAGCUCUUGACAGCAUGGCAAAACGAACAAUACCUACUCUAAUUGUUCUUGAAAUGGGCAAUCGUCUUUUCGGCAACCGGGCAGUAGCUUAUAUGGCGAAAAAUCCAAAAAUUGUUUUUGCUGAAUUGCCGUCUAUAAUUGGCAAAACCCUUGAUCACCCAACAGUAAAGGCAUAUCAAAAACGCUAUCCUUAUCACAAUCUAGUUUUCAGUUCAGAAUUCCAUCAACUUGCAUUUAUUGUCGAUGGCAAGGAGUAUACGGUUGAGACUCUGUUGGCUAUGUUUUUGAAAUACGUAAAGCAAACGGCUGAAGCAUUUGCAGGAUCUGAAAUGAAGACCGCGGUGAUCACUGUUCCCACCUUCUUUUCUCAAUCUGAAAGAAGAGCAAUUUUAAGAGCUGCUCAUCUGGCUAAUAUCGAUGUCAUCCAACUAAUGUCUAACAAUCUUGGUGUUGCUUUGGACUUCAUUCGAAACAAUGUAAAACUAGUCGCUGAUAAACCCGUUUAUGCUUUCUUCGACGUCGGUGCAACUGCUACAACUGCUACAAUUGUUUCUUAUGAGAAUGCUAAACCAAAAGGAGAAACAACUGGCGAACAUCCUCAUGUUUUCAUUCGUGGAACUGCAAGUGACUCCACACUGGGCACUAAUGCUUUUAUCGAUCGCCUUGAAGCACAUUUCGUAAAGAAAUUCAAAGAGGGGAACAAAGUCGAGGCUGAUCUCACCCAGAAUGCCCGUGCUCUUGCAAAAUUUAGGAAGGAGGCCGCUCGAGUCUUCAAAAUCUUGAGUGCCAAUAAGGAGAUCCGUGCUACGGUUGACGAAGUCUACGAUGGUUUGGACUUCACUAUACUAGUCUCCCGUGAUGAGCUGGAAGAGAUGUGCAAAGAUCUCAUUGAACGCAUGUCCUCUGUUCUGCAAUCUGCCAUCAAAAUUGCAGAAAACUUUUUGCCCAACGUUGCUAACGAUCUGCGUGAUAUCAUCAUCUUCGGUGGUGGCACCCGUAUACCAUCUGUCCAAGCUGCCAUUCUCUCCGUAACAAACAAAGAUAGUAUAAAAAGGAGCGUAAACACAGAUGAAGCUGCAGCCUUGGGGGCUGUCUAUCAAGCAGCUGCAAAUACACCUGGUUUUCUCGUAAAGAGAAUUGUUUUACGUGAUAUGGCUCCCUAUCCUAUUGCUAUCACUUUCCCUCGGAUUAACACAUCAGCUGAUUCCAAUGAUGAGGAGUUUGUAACGAGGACUCUCUUCCCUGCCAAUAGUCUUUUCCCUCAAAGGCGCACAAUCAAGUUCCCUCAUUUGGAAAAGGACAUUGCUGUCCAUGUCCACUACGGCGAAACCCCGGCUGAUCAAUCCAGGUUAAAUAUUAUAUCAAAUGGCAGGCUUUAUGAUAGUUAUCAUAAGCCCUUUAGUUGA